UUUUAUUCAAGAUUUACUUUUGCCCAUAUCCUCAGCGGUGUGUAUGUCUCUAGAUAAACCAAAGUUAACUACCAAACAACACACCUCUUAUUUGAUUCCUAACAUAUGGCGUUGCUUGUGGAACCUCCCAGUGCCCAUGAAAUGUGCCAAAGCUGAGAUGGCUUACAAACUGGCCGCGUUCGCUGACCCGCAGAAGUUAUUUAAGCUUACUUUCAGCGGCUCUAUGAUCCAGUUGUGCACUGCCUCCUGAAACGACUCGUUUGUAAAUCUUGCUUCUUUACCGUCAAAGGGGCAUUCAAUACAGCGGCGGACGGCUUCGCUGUAGUCGUAUCCAGCUUCAUCUUCUACAGCUUCCAACAAGCGUUUAAUGGUAAACGUAUCGACGAGAUCUGGCAUCCCAAGGCUCUCCUCGACGUCCUUGUCUGUUCUCAAAUCUUUCAAAGACUUUCCAAAGGCGAGUUCGAUAAGCACGAUGCCGAGAGUGAAGAGGGCUUUAUUGCGGAUCAAAGGUGGAUACUGUGUACGGUUCUGCUGAUUCGUGGGUAUUUGGCUGGUUUGUGAGAAGGCUGUUGAUAAAUAGGCCUGUUCUGGCAUUGAGGAGAAAGGCUUGACGAAGAAAUGGAUGUCGUUGGUGCCCCAGGGUUGUUUGAGCCAGGGCGUGUCAUCAAAUUGAAGAACGCUUGUCGAAACGGCAACGGCUAAUUUAAAUCGUUCCUUGCGCGUUAAAGGUUUGAUUCGCCGAAGUGGUGACGACACUUGGCUGCCUGGCUUUUCCCCCUGCGAACUGGGCGUGUUCGAGAGAUAUACCUGAAUCGCAUCAUGAAGCGAGAUCACUUCCCAGUCAGUAUCGGGUGGUUCUAAGUGGAGUUCAUGCGGCAGCCCGCAAUGUCCCUGGAGAUACCCAAUGCAGGACCCCUGGGUGGGGCUGGGAGACUUUUCCAAAGUCAAGCUGGAGAGCGUGGCGCAAAGAUUUGAUAUCAUUGUAAGCCCCGAUGGAGCGUUGGUGGGGGUUAAGGGUGGUGGAGGCGGCUUGCUGGUAGGGGCCGGCAGAGCUAAAGUCGUUGCUGUCGAGAGUAAUGAUGACGAUGAGGACGGGGUCGAUGGUGACAGCGAUUCUUUCUCUUUCGCGGGUAAUGCAAAUGUUACUUUUUUCUUUGGCUUCAGCCAAGGCCUAAAAGGUCGGAGAGCAUCAGAAAUAAAAUUAUCCUAUAGAGCCUGAAGGUGAUUGUCACCUACAAUUUCUUACUAAGUUUCGCGGAAGAUAUAUAUGAUGUUGAGACAGGCCGCUCGGAUGGCUUUGAUUCCGGCAUUUUGACCUGCUGUAUAUAUGCCUGUUGCCACUGCCACCUUGCUGUGACAGUAUUUUGGUCUGCCAUUGCCUGGAAUACUAUUUGCAGUCUUAUAUCAGCCGGAAAUGCCAUUUCGUUGACCGUUAGCGUUGACAAAUGUAAAUUUGCAAUAUGGCCAGGAUUGCAGCAACACCCCCAGGCUUGGUUGAGGGCAUGAUAUAUAUUGAUACAAUGUUGCCGUAUUCGCCCGUAACCCGAAGAUGUGGAUCGUCUCCUGUUAACUUCUAAUCGUUGUCGUUGCUCAAACAAAGCCGCCAGCAUGUUAUUGUUCUUGCUAAUGCGGUCCAGCAGCUCUUCACGUCCGUGCCUUGAAAGCGUGAAGGCGAGUCGGCGAGCGCGUCUAGAUUUUGUCCUGGGAGUCUCCUUUCGGGCUAUUAGUGAAUCUGUUUUCGAUGUGUGUGUGUGUGUGUGUGUGUGAUUGCGAGAUCUCAUGCUGAACAACGGCAAAAACGAUAUCUGAGUUGAAUGGACGCUGAGAACUGCCAACCUCUUUUAAAAUUCGCUAGCACCGACGCUCGCGGCGGCCAAAGACAAAAAGCAACGAAUUUCCCACCUGAAAUUGAUUGAGAAUCCUCUUCAUCUCCUCUAGCGCAUCUUUCAUAUCCGAUAUAGUCGCAAUAUAGGGCUCGUACGAGCGGCCAAGCAAGUCCCGUAGUGAUUCCUGAUAUUUCAGCCAUUCUACACCCGUAGGGUCGACACCGGCAAGCAGUGCUUCUAUCUCGGACGUUGAGGCAUGUGUGCAGGCACGAAACAGACUGUCGCAUGUGUUGAGGAACCGAGUCUGCUCGGUCUCCAGGAGCUGUUUUAAGUGCAUCAACUGACUCCGAUGUCUGGUCCAGCCUUGAAUUGUGUGUACGCCGUGCAUGUACCCGUCAGCAAGGUGGAUGAUGAGUGGAAAAGCCCCGAGAACAACGCCGGCAAUCUCGAAACCGCUCAUUUUUUUGAGGCUCUGCGCGCUAUCUAGUUGCCUCGCUGCGAGUUAAUAGUAGGACGCGCCUGGAAAAGACCUUUUUUUUUUUUUUAACAAAAUGUGGCGGAGUCCCUUUGGGAUCAACCUUGCGAGGAGGAAUUGAGGAAGAGGAUAUGUUCAAGAGAUUCAGACGACGACUGAGAAGGUUGCAUUAAGCGCCCAGCCUGUUCGCCCAAAUCAACGCCGUCUUUCCGCAUACCAGCCACGAUUGGGUCUCUAUGCGUCUGAAUUAGCUAGCCUGCAGUCGGCUGUGUUGGGUAUCGGGCUACAGCUGUUGUUUAAAUUCAACAGCGAGACGCACUGGUCGCCGAUUUAUUAGGUAGCCGGCUAUCCACAAGCUCACUGGCACUGUUUCAAAGUAUUGUGGCAUGAGGACGGUGAUGUUGAAAGCGAUAAUAGUAUGCCCUCGCCUCUGUCCAACAGACUCGUUGCCUGUCUGUAUCUGUUUGGGGAGGCCUGCUCCAGAUGCGACAAAAUCAUCGCGGCGUGGCAUAGUCCGCUCACACUCCACUAUGGCGGCGACGAUGAAUCAAUAGACAUCCCGACUUCCUUGGAGCAAUAUGUCCCUUCACUGGAGAGGUUUCUGCCACAACUGCAGGAUGAAUAUGGCCGUCUGCGAGUUUGGACCGGUAAUAUAGGCGCACAUCAGAGCGGACGGUCGUCGCUGGAAUAUCGCCUCCGGGAUGCAUCCCAUAUUAGAGCGCAGGUUGCCUCUCUCCUGGACGCCUUAAAAUGGUCCUUGAGCGAAGUGCUCGCCAUUGUAUCUGGAGAAAGACUGCCUGAAGACGAAGACAUUGAAGAAUGCUCAGACAGUGACGAUUCAGACGAUGGAUCUAUUCCGCACGAGGAGGAACUCCCUCAGCCAGCAGAAUUAUUCCAGCUGCUAGAGGACAUUACAGUUGUUAUCAAGUGCCUCUACAAAUUGUCUAUGGUCAUUCGCCAGCCAGCCCAACAUGACCGGUUAAAGACCAACGUUGAUCUCUCCCACUUCACGCUGUUUGACAUUCGGCACGUUGAGCAGAAAUUUCCUCAUGCAGAACGCUGGCUCACCCAGCGACUGGGUAAAGCCAUCACGAAACGACGGGAAUAUUUGAAAGGCCGUGAACGACACCAUGAAAAGUUUGCUCUGGGGGAUGAGCCGACCGCCACAGCGUUGGUUGAAGACAACUCCAACACAGAAGCUGCACGAAGGACCUUACUGUCAGAAACUACGGCUACAACCUUCAUCUAUGGCGCGGCGGCAGUGGGAGACGCAGACAUCGGUCCCGCCCUGUCGGAAACUUCCUACGCAUCAACAGUCGGUGAUGAUACUAAACUGCACCUCCCCCCGCUCCCUGAAGAAGCCGAGAGCAAUCCUGAAGGCUUUGAAUGUCCCUAUUGCUAUUAUCUGAUAUCCGUUCGUGGGCCUUUAUCCUGGGCACGACACGUUUUUGAUGACCUGCAGCCGUACGUCUGCACAUUCCGCGAUUGCUCAACGCCUAACCAGGUGUACAGCAGGCGACGCACCUGGUUCAACCACGAGAAAACUGCCCAUCGAGCUGCACGAUUGCCACAGGGAGAUUCCCGCGCAGCUCUCCUGCAAAGUUCCGGACCCGUGGACACCUUAUCUGCUGUUGACUGUCCUUUAUGUAGAGAGCAAGUCCUCAGUCUUCAUCAUCUCGAACGUCACCUCGCACGUCAUCUUGAACAACUUGCUCUCUUCGCCAUGCCUAAAUAUAUUCGUGAGGAUAACAAUCAGCGAGGUUCGCAAGAGGGGAAUGACGAUAAUCCGUCCUCUGAAGAUCUCGAACGCGGGUCAAGAGAUGGGAUGGGAGAAUAUCAUAGCGUCUUGCCGAAGCGAGAGACGGCAGACGUGGAUAGAUAUUCACCCCUUUCGAACUUGAUAGAGGAAUAUACCGAUACCACAUCACAGUCUCGCGGGGCACCUAUUGAUUUUGCUGAAAAAACCCCAGAGCCGGAUACUCAGCCGUCCAUGCCUACUCCGACAGAAACACAUGCAGACGUCCAAAGAGAAUGGAAUCUCCUUUCAAAUAAGCUAUCUAACGUCACCCUACACGAGAAUGAGGAACACCCUAACGCACAUGAUUUGGACAAAAGGAUUGAGAGUAUCCGGCAAAGGGUCGAUAGCCUACUGAACAGACAAGCAGAGCGACAGGAACGAUACCCCCCACGACCCAGGCGGCGUCGGACCCCCAAACCUCUCCUGCCACCAGAACCGCCUUCGACAUGAGAUAACUUGGCAUGAAUUUGUUUCGGGAAUCUAGUGGAGGACGAUAUCUCACUUCGGGUUAAUGGAUAGAUUGAAUUGGAUACGGUCUUUUUGCCUGCGCCGGAGAAGUUUUUCAGGUCGAAUCAUGCAUUGGCCUGGAGACAUUGGAAUGCGUUGGAGUUGUUUUUCUUUCUUUCUCUCUA